CAACUUCGAUUAACAAAUUUUAAAACUAAUCAUAGCGCCAAUUUAAAAUUUAUUUUGGGAUUCCCGAUAUCAAAAAGUAUCGAAAGGGACCCCAACUUUUGGCAGCCCUGCGACUCCUUUUGACAGUUCUUUUCCUUCUGGUCUUCAAAGCGUGCAGACGUUCUUUCAAGCUUUUCGGGAAUUUCUCGACCUUUCUUUUUUCACUCGCACUUCCGAUUUCUUCAGCCAAAGGUUCUGAAACCCAAGCCAUCUUCUGGAAAUAGGAGAACUCGCUUGAAGGGUCAUGUCCAUUAAAGAAGAAGCAUCGACAAGUGGAAUCGCGAAUAGUACUGAUUUAGAAGCCGGAACAGAGGAGACCCUCGUGAAGAAGGCGGAGAGCGAAGCUGACUCAGAAUCUGUGAUUGGGAGCGACAGCGGGGCGCGGGCCGAGACAGCAGACAGCCACUUGAAGCGGCUGCAGAAUCUGCGCAAGGAAUUGGUCCACAUCAGCGAAACGGACUGGAUGUACGACAGUCUCGACAAGAAGCCUCAGCAGUAAGGUCAUCGGAAACCCAAACCCAAACGAAACGCAACAAAACCCCUGACGAAGCAAAAACCAGGCAGCACCAUGCUGGCCUUUGUGCGCGGGUUGUUCCUGGAUAUGGAUCGCCAGCGAGACAAGUCCCUGGAGUUGUUAGCGGAAGAAAACAACUUCCUGGACCAGGAGAUCAUUAAGGAGGACAUGAUGAAGCGCAUCGAGGAAGAAGUGGCGACUGGGCACCAGGAGGAUGGCAGCGCAGGCAUUGCGGAGGAUGACUUAGGGAGCGACUUGUCCAAACUGAGCCUAAAUGACAAGUCCUGCUCCUCGCGCAAGGGAGUGAUCACUCGCCUAUCCAUAGGCGGAGGUCUCAUCGAUCACAUCCUGGAGUUUUCUAUCAAGGCAGCCGAAAGCAUUUACCACGAGCUGCAUCUCGGCUCCAAGGUGGAGUAUCUGACCUACAGGAAGGUUCCGAAGGGGCCGGAGACCGUGAUCAAAAUAAUAAAGAUUGUCGAGCAGGUCUGGGACGAUGUCAACGACACCGAGAUCAAGGAGUCGGUGGCGAGCCUGAGGACCGAAAAGCCCACCUACUUCAACACCCAGAUGCGCAAUGUUCUGGGGCUGGUAACCAAGCGACUGGAGGAGACCAUCGAGGUGGAGACCGAGUACGGCGAGGAGGUGAUCGAGCUGGCCCAGGUGGAGUUGACCUUCGAGCCCCGGGGCGGCGACCGCGUCUGCCUGCAGUGCGACGUCCAGCUGGACGAUGGCUUUGUGGACAAGCAGGGCGAAAUCCUGCAGGUGAUCAGGGUGUUUCCGGCUCGCGUCGAGCCGUCGCAGAAGUGCAUUGUGGAGCGUGUGUACACCGACUUGGCAGUGCUUGGGAGCAACUACUAUGUGAUGAGGGAGGACAUUCCCGGCGCGGAGCUUCACCUGGGCGACAUAGUGAUGGCGGACCUCAUCGAGUGCCAAUAUGGCAAGUUCGUGAAGCGCGCCAUCAAGGUAGUCCUGCAGGAGAAGAACUUUGGCGUCCUGAAGGGUCAGAGGAUGUGCAGUUCGGAGACAGUGAACGAAGUCCAGCCGGUCACUAUUUCUGGCCCGGAUCGCCACAUCACCACUGAAAUGUGGCAGAAGCAGCGCUUCACCCUGAAGCUGAAGAACAACAUCAAUCGGAUGUUGCGUCUGACUAACAUCACUGUAUUCAACGGCCCGGACUCGCAGCUGACCGUGAUUGAGCCCAAGGAGGUGGUUGAUGUCGUCAACGGCGGCCAUAUUUCGGUUGUCCUGGAGGUGGAGUCCAAGUUUAUGGGCGAAGCCACCGAGAGGUUCACCUUCCACUUUGAGAGGUUCAAGGUGACCCGCUGCUUCACUGUAAUUGUGUGCGCGAGCGAAGAGGAGGCCACAAGGGCUAGCAGACGCCUGACAGCCGCCGACACCCUCGCUGCUCCAGGACGCACCGUGGGGCAGAGGUCUCGUUACUAUGCCAACCAGGUGUGGUCGAAGAAGGGGGAGGUGGUGCCGGGCGAGGGCAUUGCCACCAAGCGCCGAUUUGUGGCCAUCCGCUUGGGCUACUUUGAGGUGCCCGAGAAGCUGCGCUUGCUCUACCUCACCACCGAACGCCGCAUGGAAAUGUUGGAAUCCAUUGAGACAAACUAUCCGUACAUCAAGGAACCGCUCAACAUGGUCAACUACAUUCAGCGCUUCAGUCUGCUGCUGCACCUCGAGGAGAUCGUGUACUUCAUCAACUUCCGCAACUAUGAUCGAGAUCGCGCCCACUUCCAACGGGACACCGACUUCCUGUCCCUGCAGAUCGAGAACCUGGCCGAGCGCCGCCCCUCGCUGGUCGUGGGGGAUGUGGUGCGAGCCGUCAAUCCCUGGGGGGACAGCGAGUCGGGCGACAAGAAGACCUUCGAGGGCAUCAUCCACAAGGUGCUCUUCAACCGGGUCCUCCUCAAGUUCAACAACAGUUUCCACCAAAAGUACAACGGCGAGGACUACCGCCUCGAGUUCUUCUUCUCGCGCUUCGGCUUCCGCAAACAGCACUACGCCGUAUCGCGCAUUGUGACCCAGCUGGGGGAGGAGUUCCUCUUCCCGAAGAGGAUCCACAUGCGCACAAAUCCCCAGCUAGAGGUCAGAAUGGAGGGCGAAGAUAUGUACUUGUUCGACUCGCCCGUUCCGUGGUACAAUGCCUCGCUCAACUGCAUCCAGAAGCGUGCAGUUUUCAAUAUUCUGCGUGGCGAGGCCCUUCACGUGCCCUACGUGAUUUUCGGGCCACCUGGCACCGGGAAGACUGUGACCCUGGUGGAGACCAUCCUACAGCUGGUGAGGAAUGUGCCGGGCUCACGACUCCUGGUCGGAACUCCGUCAAACAGCUCGGCGGAUUUGCUCACCAAGAGGAUCAUUGAGAGCAACGCCUUGCGCCCGGGUGACUUUAUCCGCCUGGUGUCCCAGAACCAGAUUGAGAAGGACUUGAUCGCCCCAGAGCUGAUGAACUACUGCGCCACUGUGGACAUUGGAUCCAUAGGCACCUGCAACGAUAGCAUGAUGGUUACCGAGUCGGGCCUGAAGCUGCGCUGCCAAAUGAAGUUUAUGGGCAACCACAAGGUCACCAUCUCGACGUGCACCACCUUGGGCAACUUCCUGCAGAUGGGCUUCGAGCCGGCCCACUUUACGCACGUGCUCAUUGACGAGGCUGGUCAGUGCACCGAGCCGGAGACAAUGAUCCCCAAUGUGCUGCUCGUGAAGGGCCACGGCCAGACCAUCCUUGCCGGCGAUCCCCACCAGCUGCAGGCCAUCGUUAUCAAUCACUACGCGGCGCAGAUGGGGUUGUCCAAGUCCUACUUGGAAAGACUGCUCGAGAGCGAGCCCUACAGGAAGAAUUUGCAGCUCUAUCGGGAGACAUCCGGAUACAAUCCCCUCGUCUUGACCAAACUGCUCUACAACUACAGGGCCCUGCCCUCGAUCAUGAGCAUCUACAGCAAGCUCUUCUACGACAACGAACUGGUGGCGAUGGUCGACGAGAAGAACUCCCGCGAAGCCAAGCAGCUGGCAGGACUGUUGAAGGUCUUCGAACCCAACGUGGACAUGCCCAAGAGCCACGGCACCUACUUUUACGGGAUCACUGGGGAAAAUAUGCAGGAGAGCGACUCUCCCUCGUGGUACAAUCCCGCCGAGGCCAGGGAGCUCUUCCUGAUGACCAUUGCCUUGUACCGCUGCAACGUGACCACGGACCAGAUCGGCAUUAUGACGCCGUACGUGAAGCAGGUGAAGACCAUUCGGACCCUGUUCAUGGGCACAAAUGUGGCGAUGCCGAAAGUAGGAUCUGUGGAGGAGUUUCAGGGACAGGAGCGCGACAUAAUGCUGAUCUCGACCGUGCGUUCCACCGAGUCCAUUCUCCGGGCUGAUUACCGCCUCUGCCUGGGCUUCGUGCGCUGCAACAAGCGGAUGAACGUGGCCAUCUCCCGUGCCCGCACUCUAAUGAUUAUCUUUGGGAAUCCCCAUCUCUUGUCCGUGGACGACAACUGGCGCACCUUGAUCGUCUUCUGUGCCAACAACAACGCCUAUUUUGGAUGCGAAUUGCCACCGAAUAUCCACGACACCGACGAGGAAGAUGACGCCAUGAAGGACACCUUUGGAUGCGUGCCUUAACGUGUUUUUUUUUUUUAUUUUGACAACUUUUCCUUACUUUUUCGUAUAAUUCUAUGAAAGAAUUCUGGUUCCUUUUUAUUUUCCUUAAUUAUCUUACUUUUCAAUUGUCUUGAGUUGUUUUCUGUAGUUUUCAUUAUC